AUGUUCUCUGCUUGUUUAAGAAGAAGAGCGUUCCAUACAUUCUCCAGGGCUCUUCAGGAGGAUAUACCCUCGAAUAUAUCACCUCUUGCAAGUACAAUAAUUAAACAAACAGAUUCGGAAGUUGAUACAACAGUUGAUAUAAAACCAGACACAGUCAAUACAAACCCAGAUACAACCGUUGAUACAAGUGAUAGUGUAACUGUUGACACAAAUACCAAUACAAAUAUAAACUCAAAUAUCAAUACUAUACAUGACAGUCAUAAUACAAUCCCUUAUAUCAAAGGUAAAGGUAAAAAACUUCCACAUCAAAGACCAAAUCUUGUGAUAUUGAAUGCUAGAAACUCAAACAUUUUGGGGAAAAAACCAAAACCAGUCACAAAUAGAGAACCAGGUUUUUUCAUUUUAGAUGCUGUUGAAUUAGAAAACUCAAGAAAAAAAUUAUUACAAUUCAAAAGUAAUGUUACUGAAGAUCAAAUCAGUUCAAGUAUUCAAUAUAUUAAACCUAGUAAUUCAAUAGUAUCAAUUAAUAGAUAUGAACAAAUCAAAAAUGAUAUCUCAGAUGCUUAUUCUCUAAGUCAAAUCAAAGGUUUUUUCGCUAAAUUUUAUCCAGACAUCAAGUAUAAAUCCAAAACAAAAAAAGUAUUAAUCAAUUUGUUAUUAGAUGAUUGUUGGAAACUUGAGAAAUCUAAGGAAUUAAACGCAGAAUCAGAUUUAUUGAUUGAAAGAACUUUCGAAUUAGACAAUGUCAAAAUUUUCUUAUUAUUGAUUCAAAAUACUAUUCAACAAUGGUUAAGAUCAAAUGUUCAAGUUAUUUUAAUCCCAGAAGAAUAUCAAUUAGUUGUUCGUGCAAGUGAACCUCAUGUUCAAUAUAUUGAAUUAGCAUUACAAAAUGUAUUUAAUAACUUGAAAAAAGAAGAUUUGAAUAUUGAAAAUGUCAACUAUUUAGCAGAGAAAUUUGGUGUUCAAAUUCCAAUAGAUGAAAUUCAAAGACUAGCGGGUGUUUAUUUCCAAGCUGAUACAUCAUCAUCAAGCCCAAUUCAAUAUCGUAACGAUGUUACUAAAUACACAAUGUCUGCAUUGGGUUCAAAAAGGUUUGAUUUAGCCAAAAGAUUAAUUGUUGGUGCUCUGGGUCAUAAUCAUUUCUCUAAAACCACACUAAUAGGAAAUUGGAAGAAUUCAUUAGCUAAAUUUUAUGAUUAUUCAUUAAAUUUUUCAUUACCUUGGAAUUAUAGAUCUAAAGAAUGGGUACGUCUUAAAGAACCAAAAAGACCACUGUCUUUAACAACCGGUGUUCCACCAGCAUUACCAACAAUUCCAUACCAAGAUAUUUAUAAAUCAUUAUACAAUUCACAAAAUACAGCUGAUCAAGUAACAGAUGAUAAAAAAACCGUCACUGCUGUUACUUUCGGUAAUAUAUUGCUUGAUAAAUCCAAAACAGAUUCUGAAAACCCACCAACAAUUUUCCAAACUCAAUUACCUCAUUUAAAAGAUGUUCUGAUAAGUUUGAAUAAAAAAUCAACUGAGACUUCUGAAUUUGAAGAAGAAGAUUAUGAAACUGAAGAGGACAUAGAAAUUGCAAAAGCAAAAUCUCAAGGUACAAGAUUAGAUGAUGAAUCUUUAGAUGUUCAUGAUUAUUAUGCACAAAUGAAACUAUAUCCAUCCCCAUUUGGAAAUCAUGAAGAUUUCCUCAAACAUCCACAAUUAGAAUUUUGGGUUGAAUUACCAUAUGGUAAAAUUUCAAGAGAAUCAUUACAAAUUUUCCGUGUUUUAAGUGAAAAAAAUUGUCAUGUUUCAUUACCAAAUUUGAAUACAGAUUUGAAAUUUUUAAAUUCUGAAACUGAAUCAUUAUCAAAACCUUUUGAAGGUGAUGAUAUUUGGUUAGAUGAUCAACCUGGUAUUAAAGAUUUCAUCAAAAAUUGUGAAAUUCAAGUUGGUCAAAAACAUAAAGUUUACAUUCCAAAAAGUGUUGAAGUUAAUAUUCCAGGUUUUGAAAAUCCAGUUAAAUAUGAUUAUGUCAGUAUGGCUUAUAGAAAACAUUUGACAUUUGAGUUCAAAGAUAGAUUAUUACAAUUUGCUGAUGUGGAAGGUGGUGCUUUAGGUGGUACAACAACUGAACUUCUACUUGUUGGUGAUACUGAAGAAAUGAAACCUGAAGAAUUUAAAAAAUUUGCAGAGGACGCUUUGGAAUUUGCACAAAAAAUCAAAUCAGCAUAA